UCGACGGUCGCGGUUUGGCACAUUCUCCAGCAGCAGUCAAAGCAACGGACGGAGAGCAGCGGACACCCAGUGUGACGGAUUACGGACUGUACAGUGGACAUUAUAUCAAAUUUCUCCUGCAGCCCAGCGUCCAGCCUGCUUGUAAAGUGUCAGCAUGUCCAGUGAGGUGCAGCCGAGGCCGGACGACAGCCCCAACACCAGUGGGGGCAGCUCGGACGCCGAGCAGAGGGAGGCGGCUCCACCGGAGCAGCCGGGCCCCGAGCAGCGGGACCAGACCCAACCCAAGAAGAAGGAGGCCAAGAUCUCCAGCAAGACCGCCGCCAAGCUCUCCACCAGCGCCAAGAGGAUCCAGAAGGAGCUAGCAGAGAUAACCUUGGACCCGCCGCCAAAUUGCAGUGCCGGUCCUAAAGGAGACAACAUCUACGAGUGGAGGUCGACCAUCCUGGGCCCUCCAGGCUCCGUGUACGAGGGAGGGGUCUUCUUCUUGGAUAUCGCCUUCACACCAGACUACCCCUUCAAACCACCCAAGGUGACGUUUCGCACGAGGAUCUACCACUGUAACAUCAACAGCCAGGGAGUGAUCUGUCUGGACAUCCUGAAGGACAACUGGAGUCCUGCUCUCACCAUCUCCAAGGUCCUGCUGUCCAUCUGCUCCCUGCUCACUGACUGCAACCCUGCUGACCCUCUGGUUGGAAGCAUCGCCACACAGUACCUGACCAACAGAGCCGAGCACGACAGGAUAGCCAAACAGUGGACCAAACGCUACGCCACAUAGACCUGCACGCCUCCUCCUGGACCCCCUCUGCCUACCUUACACACACACACACACACACACACACACACACACACACACACACACACACACACACCACCACCAUAUACCCCUUUCUCCUAAAUCUAUGGAAGCACACCCGCUCCUGUCAUCCACCCCGCCCCCCGCCCUGUCCCGCCCGCCCGCCCGCAGAAAUGAACUGUUAUUUGUUCCAUGCUGACUUGAAAAGCUUCUUUUUUAUACAAAGAGUCUAUUGGGAUCGUAUUUUCCAAUACACUGAAUGUUGAUAUGGUCAUGAAAAGCUUUAAUACUGUUAUUGUUCUCGUCGAUUUGUUGUUCUUCUUAUUGUCGUUGCAUUGUUUAUAACAUCGUCGCCACCCUCGUCGUAUUAUUCCCGUUUUAUGUGAUGGUUUUUUCCGUGAAAGCGCUCGGACCGAGCGAGUGCGUUUCUUUGUUUUCAUUUUCUUCUCAGCUCAUGGUCGAUAUUAGUGCAUGGCAUCAGGAUGUGUGUUCAUGCAGUGGACAUGUAGUCAUGGUAUUAUUUCCGGCAUGGAGUGAGCCCAUCACCAUGUAUGACGAUAGUGGUAGUUUGCUGUACAUUUAAUGCCUUGUGAGAAAACAUACUCAUUGAAUACUCGAUUAAACACUGGCUGUAAUGUGA